AUGAAAAACGAAUCUGACGAAGGGACAGAUUUCCUGAAAUCAGAAAGCAUUGAAACUCCUGGUUCAUUGAAUUCAUCCUCAACAACAAGUGCAGUCAUCACCGAAGAAACUGAAAAUGCAGACGAUGAAGAUGCUUCAGUUGAGAACUACGAUUUGCAUUUCUCUCAUCUUAACAGUAGCGAUGCACAUACUAGCUUUUCAUCUGGUAAUGCUUGA